AUGAUGAUACUUGAUUUUGGGGAUAUAAUUGCUAAUCGUAUCACCUCAACUACCGUAAUAGAUAUCAUUGGAGAGCUUAUUACUAUUGAAAAUGUAAAAGAAGUUAAGAGCAAUGGAAGUAAAAGAAAAUUACUAGAGUUUGAACUCCAAGAUAGCAACAACAUUAAAUUGCAAUGCAGUUUGUGGGGUGAUUACGCUGUUCAAGUUUCGCAAUAUAUACAGAAAGCUAAUUCAGGAAUUAUUAUAAUAGUGAUUCAGCUUGCGAAGACAAAACCAUAUGGAGGUAAAAUUACUAUUACAAAUGCCUUAUAUGCGUCGAUAUUAAUCAAUCCCGACAUACCUGAAGUUGUUGAUCUAAAAAAAAGUCAGAUUCCAACUGAAAAAGCUUAUUCCAUCGAGGGUGAUUUUUUGUUAUUAACUGAACGGAAGACACUUGAUGAAAUUCGAGAGGCACGAGAGGUUUGCACAUGUGUGACAUUAGCAACUAUACAGAAAAUUCAAACAGAUUAUAAUUGGUUUUAUAAUGCCUGCAAAAAAUAUCAAAGGAAGAUAAAUGCUGAAAAUGGUAAAUUUUGGUGUGAGAAAUACAAUGAAAAUGCAAGAUUUGUUAUCCCAAGGUACAGGGUUCAGGUUUUAGUCAUUGACCAUACAUGUACUGCAUCAUUUAUUCUAUUUGAUCAUGAAGCUAAACAAUUUAUUCACAAAUCUGCAGUCGAAUUGAGGGAACGACUGACAAAAGAAGAUGAUGAUGAUUCAUUUCCUCAAGAGUUAGAUGUGUUGGUGAAAAGGAAACUUUUGUUCAAGAUUCAAGUUUCAGAAUUCAAUCUCAAUCAAAAUUGGCCUGUAUUUUCUGUCUCUAAAAUGACUAAUGAUGAAAAUCUGAUAGUAGCUUUCAGAGACAACUUAGAUUUGAACCAGGAGUCGACAGGUCAAGAAUAUUUCACUAAUGAAGCUGAAUCUACCAAAAAGAAAGAUGGUCUUGAUAAUGGCUCGCUAUCGGUCACUGGAGACAAUGAAGUUAAAAUUUGUUCCUCGGAUAACAUUACUCCUUGCAAGAGAAAUUUGUUGGAAUCUGAUGUCGAGCACUAA